AUGACCCAGUUUCUCACUGAGAGGAGGCAAAUUAAAGAGAUAAUUGAUAAAAAGGAAGCAGAAGGAGAUUUUUUCACGACUCCUUUUACUAAUCUCGAAUUCAAACCCCAUUUUAGCCAAAAAGUAGAUAAGGAACGUAAAGGAGAUGCCUUAUUAAUCAAGGACCCUAACCAAGUGGAAAAAUUAACUGAAACUAGGAAUAUCAAAUCGUCCUCACCUUAUCAAAUUGCUUUUGAGGUUGUUAACCAAGUAAAAGAAGGGCUUGGUCGAAAAGCAGAUGGAGAAAGGGAAAGUUAUACUCAUGUUCUUGAAAUUAAGCCCCUAGAUUUAGGAAUAAAAGGAUUGUCGCCGAUUACUCGGUUAGUUUUUUAUUUUUAUGACGAAAUUAACCCGCUGGCCGCUGGCAAUUAUGAAUUAACUAAAUGCGAGUUAUACAAAAGUCCAAUCUUAGCAAACUCGGUCGGAAAAACUUUUACCAUGAAAGUUAAGGAGUUUAAAAUUGAUAGCGACAGUAAUACUUUAUCUUUUAGUAGCAAUUAUGAUUAUGUUUUUGGUUCUUUAUCCGAAAAGAAAAGCCAAGAUAGCCCAGAAAAUCCUGCUAAAACGCCGCCAAAAAAUG